AUGCGUGACCGCGUAAUCGCGCUGGCUCUGCGGAGGCAGGCCCUCAUCACAAAAGAGACACUCGAUCUCCAGAUCUUUCCUGGCUUAGAGACCAAAGAUCUUUUGGACGAAGUUCACAAAUCAAAGGUAUACGAUAGCGACACCAAAAAUGAGCUCAUCGAAGUGACUUGCAGAUUGGCAAGCCUUUGUAUCAUCGUGACCGACCUGCUCAGCCUGAUGGCUUCUCAAGAAUCCGACAAAUCGCUGCGGCCCAAGUCACGACCCCGAGAGGGACGCGCAAAGAACGCUGCGACUUGA